AUAUUUUUUUUGGGUUCUCUCAAUACAUCUCAUUUUUUUCGGUGUUCCUUUUUUUUAAGAAACAUCACGCAACCGGACGACGGAGGAUGAGCCGCGACGUGACGGCACAAUAGUGGCGCGCUUAAGCUGUCUGGAACUACCCGCGCUUUUUUUCAUGGACUCCGGCCGUCGUUGCUUUUUAACCACACAUAUAUAUUCACUUUCGCUCAUCUGGCGGGCGGGGCGGGCGUUUUCCGGUUUUCCCCGGUGCCGUGCGAGUGAUUAGACGUUAGCUACGGCGGCUAGCGGGGCCAGUGCGCGUGCGCGGCGGGAUGAUGGCGCGAGGAAGAAGCCUCCACGCUGUGGCUCAUCAUCAUCAUCAUCAUCAUCGUCAUCGUCAUGGCUCCCAUUAAUUGCCAGUUUUACCGCCACGACCCACACGUCUUUUGACCUAAUCUGCCGAGGGGCGCGAACAUGGCCCAGGAAGAAUAAGACUCAGACACACAACACAGCGAGCAAGCUUCUUUUUUUUUUUUUUUUUUUUAAAAUAAUUUUGAAGCCAGCUAGCGAGCUUGUUAGCGGAUUAGCGCGCGCAAACACCGCCUGGGCUCCAACUAACAACAUCCCCCGCGUCGAACUGCUUUAUACCUUUUUUUUAUUUAUUUUUUUAAAGCCUUGCCACCAUGGACGCUCAGACCGGGGAUGUGGAGCCCAUGCCGGGAUACCUGGACCUCAUCAGCCGGGCUUCCGGCGUCAUGUGGACGGCAUGGCGGGAGUGCAGCCAGUGUGGGCUGCAUCUCUCCAGGCGGACUCUCCUGGAUCACGCCUACAUCACCUGCACAGAGAUAGCACUCUUCUUCUUCUGCGCAUUCUUGUGGACGCAAAUACGACGCGGGUUGACUGAAAGACUGUUCAAGCCUCUAGCACGGUGGUGCGGGUUGCUGCCCAAAGACGCCGCCAAGAUGCCGGAGAGCGCGUGGAAGCUGGUCUUCUACACCAUGUCCUGGUGCUACAGCACCUAUCUGCUCUUCUUCACCUCCUACUCCUUUUUCCACGACCCGCCCUCCGUCUUCUACAACUGGAAGAGUGGAAUGUCAGUGCCUAUCGACAUCGCCAUCGCCUACCUGAUCCAGGGCAGCUUCUACGGCCACUCCAUCUACGCCACCGUCUACAUGGACGCCUGGAGGAAGGACUCCGCCGUCAUGGUGGUGCAUCACAUCAUCACGCUGGCGCUCAUCUGCUUCUCCUACGCCUUCAGGUAUCACAACGUGGGCAUCCUGGUGUUGUUCCUCCACGACAUCAACGACAUCCAGCUGGAGUUCACCAAGCUCAACGUCUACCUGAAGUCCAGAGGGGGAGGAUACUACCUGCUCAACGACGUGCUGUCCAACAUGGGCUCCGUCAGCUUCAGCAUCACCUGGUUCUGGUUCCGUCUCUACUGGUUCCCGCUAAAAGUUCUGUACGCCACCUGCGUGUCCAGCCUGCAGUCGGUCCCCAACAUUCCUUUCUACUUCUUCUUCAACACGCUGCUCCUCGCCCUGCUGCUCAUGAACAUCUACUGGUUCCUGUUCAUCGUCAUAUUCGUGGUGAAGGUGCUGAAGAUGAAGGAGGUGAACGACGUGCGCGAGUACGAGGACGAGGAAGGCAGCAAGGCAGCAGCAGGCCUGCUCAGAAAGGCGGACAGAAAUAACCACGAUGGUGAUGAUGAUGAUGGUGAUGACGAUGAUGAUGCUGGACAUCACCAAUGUGGCGACGGGAAGCGCGCGCAGAACGGCAUCGCCAAGGAGAAGCAUCUAUGAGGGAGCUCGCCGUCGCCCCCGCCUGGCAGGAGGCGGCAAGUACGGCAGGAGAGAAGGAUCAGGAAGAACCCACACACACACACAAAACAGUAUUUCAUGAUGAGCUUGUUGUCGGGUUUUUUUUAUUAUUAUUAUUAUUAUUAGAGCACUGUGAAUGUUUUCUCUUCUUGUUGCUUAUUUUGCAUUUUAGUACAAGUCAGCAAUGGACUGUGAAGGUGUCACAUGACCCGGAGAUGCCUCUAGUGACAUGUUUUUUUCUCUCUUCCUCAUCCAUCCUUCAUGUCCCUAUUGAUUUUAUUCUCAUCACACACGCCUCCUGCGUCCAUUAGCAACAUUAGCACGUGUGUGUGUGCAGCUUGUUCUUUAACAACGCUUCACCUCAAUUUUCAUUUUGUGUUUGUGUCUGUUGCACUGACAUGAAGGCCGACAAGCUGCUUUAAUGACAGCAAAAAGGCAGGAAGUGAUCGAUUGUUUUGAAAAAUCUUCAACGGAAAAAAAAAAGGAGGCCCAUAAAAAGUGUGAAGAUGACAAUCGGCGAUGAUUCUCGUGAUUAUCGAGGAACGCACGACACUGGAAAGAUUUGACGAACUUGCUAUGGAUUUUUAUUCCAUGGUUUUAUUUUGAAAAGAGCGCACAGGCACUUCCUGUGAAGGAUGGAUGCAUGCGUUUUGCACACUAAAAAAAAAAAAGGCCCUCCACUUACCUUCUCGAUCAACUUCGGGCUCUUGUUUUGAAAAGCUGCAUGCUUGUAGUGCCGGAAAUGGGCCACAGACGGAAGUGACUUUGUUCUUGAAUUAUUAUUUUUGUCUCUCUUCAUUCCAACACAUGUCAGCACUUGUUUCACUUCAGGUUAUUGUUUGAUUUCUAUCAGAACUGCUGCUGUUUUGUUCUUUCUCUGAGCACACUGUUGUAAUGGUUAUUAGUUGUUUAUAUGAUCUGAUUUAAAACGGGACAAGAAAGAGCAGAUCUGGAUCAUC